CACUGUGUAUAAAAGCAAGCAAUUAUUUGUUAAUCACUUGUGUCUAUUUAUCGAGGUCUAGAAAACAGUUUUCAGACAAACACGAAUCAUUUCCAUCCUAUUAUUCCGCAACAAUCGUCAUGGCACGCAGACGUUAUCGUGGGCAAAGUGGUGUUGUUUGUGAAGAUGAAGCAUUGCCGUUGGACAUAAAAAAAGAUCCAAAAGAAAAUAUGCAGUUUGUGUUGAAAGAAAUCACUACUCGUAGUAAAAUGAGUGCUGACAAGAAAAUGGGUUAUGUAAAUAAUUUUACAAAGUUAAUUCAAAGCUCUGCUGUUGGUACAGAUUUUGGAUUUUCUCAGGAGGAAAUCAUAAUAUGUUUACGUGUUGCAGUUUUUAACAAUUCGAAAGAAGUGAGAGCCGCUUCUGUGAGGGCUUUGCGUUAUCUUUUUACUGACGAAAACUCGUUUAGCCUCAUGAUGAAACUUAAAAUUGAUAUUCUUAUUGUAAGAUGUCUUGAUAAAAAACAAGACUCUGAAGUCGAGAGAGUUCAAGCUUUGCGUUUUGUACGAAAGGUUGUCGCAGUUUGUUCGCAUCUGUUUCCAAUGUCGUUUGCACAAUGUCUUGUUGCAAUAGCUGGUGAUAAGAGUAAACCACAAGAUAGACUGAGUCGAGCUUGUUUGGCAACGUUGUGUGAACUUGCUGUGAGUAAUGUUAAAGUGGCGUCCUACUGUGGAGGAAUCAACACAAUCAUUACCAGUAUUCUUGAUUCUCAGGUGCAUAGAAUGAAUGAAUGUCUUGUAUUGACUUUGUUAUUUCUAAUGAAUUCUCCACUUACAAGAUGUUAUGUGCGUCCGGACGUUGGUUUGGAGGGUAUUUUGGCUCCUUUUACUGACCUGCAUUAUAAUCAUGGUACUGAAAUUCCUGAAUCUCAAAUCAGGGAAGAUCGUGAGUCGCGAUUACAGGCUAGUAAAAUGGCGAUGUCUACUGUUUUUAAAACAUGGCCAGGAAUAAUAUAUUUAUGCAAACCCGAUGGAAAUGGACUUCAAUCAAUACUGCAGAUAUUUUGCAUACCUGAUGAACUAAUUAAGCGCCACAUAAUGGAUGUAUUAAUGGAUGUGUUCAGACUUCCAAUUCCUGAAUGGACAGACGAUUUUGCUGUUGCGUUAAAAAGUAUUGAUCCACGACGCAUGAAAAAUUCAUGGAAAUUGUCAGAAGGGUUUGUUGCUGAAGAGGCGAGGAGUUUGUUACCUUUUCGUGCAAACAGCAGAGUCGAUCUUCUAAGAAAUUAUACGGCUAUUGUUCUUUCUGCGUUCGUUACAGCGGGAUUAUUUGAGAGUUUGGUGCAAGUGAUUACAACUUCAGGGAAUUUGGUCUCCGUUCGCGCUACGAUAGUUUUAGGUCAAUUACUUCAUAUGGCCAACACUCUCUUACCUCCUGAAUGCAGCAGUCACACGCAUUGUUUACCUACUUUAAUGAAUAUUGCCACAUCAUUUCAAGUUACUCGUCAAGAGCGAGGACGGGCAAGCUCUGCUGUGAAUUGCCUUGACAGACUUCAUCAGUUGAAAAAACGAAGGCUAAGUCCUCAGUCGUUGUUUUUGGAAUUUUUAACAAUGCAAUCAAAAUCAAGUGACAGCAAAAAUAAAAAGAAACGAGAGCGCGAGAGGGAAAACAUCUUCAAAUAUUCUAGAUCUGAAAAUGACAAUGAGGAAGACAUGAUUCGAGAGUUAAGUAUGGGCUCUGCAAACGAGUGCGAUAUAUUGAGCUGGGAUGUAAUUGCUGCUGUAUUACAGUCUCCUACUCUGAACCUUCGUAAAUUGGAAGAAAUUGGAUGUAUAAGCUUCAUCAGUAAUCUACUAUAUUUCUAUCAACCAAGUAGUCAACAAUUUUGUACCGUUGAGUUUGAAGAUGUCAAGGCGAAGAAAUUGUCCGAAAUUGGACUUCUGCUGAUCGAUUUUCUUCUAGCAAAUAUUUAUGAAAGUCAACGUAUGAUUGAGGAUUUUGCUAGAGAAUUUUCCGAAUGUCUUGCCAAGACUACAAAGGAUGCAAACAAUGGUAUCCUUGGUGAAGAAAGUUUGAUGAAGACAGCCAGUCGUUAUUAUUUCGUCUUUUUUGGAAGACUGUCUUGUUCUAGUGAAGGUCAUAAGAUUUUGAGCUCGACUAGAGUCUAUGAACACUAUCUGGACCUUGCGUCAAUGAAAUCACGUGACUGUCUACUGAAACUAAUACUGGCCAGUUUGGACUACAGACGCAAUGAAAUCAGUAGAAUUAUCCUUUCUAAGAUUCUAACUGCAUCAACGAAGAAUGUUCGUCUUUACGCUACCAAAUUUUUGCGUGCAUUAUUGAGAGCGAAAGUUGCGUUUUUUAAUAAUUGGGGAAUAGAACUUUUGGUUACUCAGUUGUAUGAUCACGAUUAUGACAUUGCAAUGGAGUCUGCUGAUGUAUUAGAAGAAGCAAGCGAAGAUGAGGCGAAUCUUCAAUAUUUGGUCCAACUACGUCCUGCUUUGCUUCAUCUUGGAGAGAAAGGCUGGCGAUUACUUACUAGGUUUUUAUCAGUAGACAAAGGUUUUACAUAUUUAACUGGACUCGGUUAUGUCCAUUCACUCAUGGAACUAUGGCGUGAGAAAUAUUGUUGUGAAUAUGUGAAAUGGGUGGAAGAAGCUCUUGCUGAAGCUUUGACAACAUAUCAGAAACCAACAGAUGACGAUGGUGGAUAUGUUAGACAAUCAUCUAGAAAGAAUAUAAAGCAUCAUGUUUAUGUUCCUACACAUUUCUUUGGGGAAAUCGUGAAGUUAAAGAGUGGUUAUGAAUAUCUCUGUCAAACGGGAUAUGUGGGACAGUUUGUGAACACAGUUCGGAUGUUCGAUUUUGAAAAAACUGGUGAUAUUUUAAAUGUAAAAACAGCUCUUUGGACGCUGGGUCAUAUUGGAACAUCAAGUUGGGGUCUUAGUAUUCUCCUUGACGAAAACAUAAUCCCUUUGAUUGUAGAAAUGGCCAACUGCUGUAGUGUUUUAACAGUAAAAGGAACGUGUUUUUACGUACUUGGCUUAAUUGCAACGACGCAUCAAGGAGUAGAUAUACUGAAAACACUUAAUUGGGAAAGCGUUCGACAUAAAGUACUGGACUUGUGGCCUGUCGUUGAAGUAAAAGAAGAAGCUCUGCCUUACUCGAAGUGGUUUGUUUCAUCGCUGUCUACUGUAACAGAUUACUACCUACAGAGCGUGGAUGAGAGUGUCAAACAGAGGAAAUCAGAAAGUGAAACCGAGGAUGGUCAUAAAUCUUUGUAUGACGAAGCCAGUGGUGUUUAUCUCGGUUUAGAACGUCGCUUGAGCAAUGUCUACGACAAGAGCAGCGGCGUUUAUUUAGGUGAAGAAGCUCCUAAAGUACCCAAACACGAUGAAGGAACAGGAAGUGGAAUUUUAAUGAGUAUGCUGGAAGAAAAACAGCAGCAGGCUUAUUAUGAGGAAGAACAUGAUAGUUUUUUAUUUCAAGAUGAACGCUCUAGCGGAUCUCCUGAAGACGUUGAAACAAAGAGUGAGACCCCGUCUUUACUUGAGAGGAUUAAAAACGUUUCAAUUCCCGCACAUCUCAUGCCGCCCCCGGCUAAACCUUUCUCUUCACGAAAAUCGCGGAGUGAAAAUGACAGCCCUCGUGGUAUGAAAAGAAGAACAACUCCUGCUCGCCAAGACAACAGUCCAAAAUUAUUGGCACGAAGCGAGUCCUAUCCAAUAAAUGCAACUAACGUUGCUAAACAUUCGCCUGAAAGUGAUAGCAGUGGUCACCACAAUAAUCAAUUGAAGACAAUAAAUCUUGCGCCCUAUGAGGGAUCCUUCGGGGAAAACUCGCUCAUUAGUAGAAUUCUUAAAAGCCAAAGCACUGUUCCAGUAAAAGAUGGUAAGACUGAGGCUGAUCAAUCAAGUGCAAGUCCUUUGAGCAGCACUCCUGGGUCACGUGUUGUGGGGGAGAGUGAUGAAGUUCGUCACGUGCGUAGUUCUAGUGGAGUGAGUGAAUCCAGUUGCAGAUCUAUUUCCUCAAUGGAAACUUCACAAAGUUUCGGAAGCUAUCGAAGUCAUUCAAGUUUGGAAGAAAAUAUUCCAGUGCAUUUGGAAUUGGAUAAAACUUUGAAAAACAUUGAAAAAACAGCAACUGGAACUAAGCCGUGCUCGAAGUUCCAGUCUGAAUCAAUCAAAACAGAAGCUCGUAGUGCCAGUUUUUCUGGAAUGAGCGAAGAUAUGAAAAGUUAUCCAGUUCGUGCAAAUCGACAAUUUUGUCUGAGCAAUUACUCUAUGAGCUCGCCAGUACAAGAAAGAGGUUCUCUAAUGGUGGGAAGUAACACUGAAGUAAUGUUACUUGAUAAUAAGACAUUGGUUUUAAAGAAUCUUUCUAGGAAUGAUGAAAUCGAUGAAUUUGGUGGAUCGUAUUUUGAUGAAAUGAGUGUAUGCGAGGGAGGUUUGGGCGAGAUUGCGUCCAUGAGAAAUGAUCUUAGUCGUGAUGUUGAAACGCCCGUUGAUGAAAUUACGAGGAAAUUUCCACGAAAUUUUUACUCACGUAGUGCAAGCUCGUCCAGCUUAGCUCCACGUGCUCGACGAUUAAAGAAAAGUUCUACUUCUAUGUCAAUAUGGAGUCUUCAAUCCGUUCCGAUAAGUCCCACAUCUCCUGGUGAUACUGAUAAUCCUGAUGUGUUUCCAACUUAUACUUCCUUUCGUGAUGCUUAUGGUUAUUCAGCUUUGAGUAAUUUACGCAAAAAGCGAAGCAUUAACCGAGAUAUUGAAUCACGAAUUGGUGGGAUGAAUCAAUCAUUUGCUAUUGUUGGUCCUCCUAUUCCUGUGUCACGUCCUGUAUCGUUGGAUAUUGUUAGUGAAAGUCAAGGAUCAGUUUCUUCAUCUUUACCCACUCCAUCUCCAAUGGAUCAUCAAUAUGGUAGAAAAUUGACAGUCAGUUCUUCUCGAGGAAAUGAAUUAAUGGGAUUGACAUUGCCAAUUGAUCUCAACCAUUUUUUUCUGGUUCCCGAAUCACCAUUCAAAGGAUCGUGGGCGACAAACUUUAAUGCUGCACUAUCCAAUAUGUCAGGAAACCAUUUAACUAGUAAAAUAAAGUCUCCUAAAGACAGCGUAUUGAUCGAUUUAACUAAGUCUUCGUCAAAAAGGAAUACCUCGGGUGUUAGUGGUUCGAAAAGUAGCAAGCAGUUAUCAUUUGAUGAAUGUGAAGAAGAUGGGACACUUCAAACAGAAAAUGUUGAAACUAAAAGUAAUCCAUCAAAAAGUAAAAGCCAAACUACUUCAUUUUCUGGAAGCAUUUUAGAGAAGUUCUUAAAAGGAAAACAAUUAGAUGCAGUCACUGGGAAAGAUCAUGCUUUGAUUAAACGAGAAAUAUUAAGAUUAGUUAUGAAUUUGAGUAGCGCAGUAACGUCCAGAUCUCAUCAAGAGUCCUUAAGAAGUUGGAAAGAGUGUGUACCACAAUUUUUUGAGGACCUUUUUCUGUACCAUCAAGUUAUGGAGCAAAUGGCUUUAUACAAUUAUAAACUCCACAUGCGAAGGUUUAUACAAGAAUUUUUCGAAAAUAUCAAAUUCACUCAGUUGAAUGAUGAAGCAGAUGUAAUAAUGAAAAAAAUACAUAAUUAAUAAAUGAAUGCACAAUAAAGUAUAUAAAUCCAUUUAUUCUUGAAAUGUACAAAAUAAUUCUGCAGGAAAACUUUCAACAUUUGGUAGUGAUUUUGUCUUGAUAACAUGUAUAAUAUCUUGCUGUAGUUACUAUAGAUGUUUGAUUCACAUAGAGAACUAGUAUUGAAUGCCUAAUGAAUGAGAUUGUUCAACAACUCAUUAGAAGUGUUUUCUUUUCAUUAAAGUGUUUCCACAUCAA